AUUGUAUGACAAUGGUGGUGGUGCAUCCAAGGAGAGGUGCAUCUAUCAAGUGGUGAAGGUUGAUCUGCAUUAAAUAAAUAAAUAUUUAUAUUAUUAAUUUGUUAGUGGGAAUGGUCGUAUUCAGUCCGAUUCCAUCAUCUCUGCUAGCGUUAAAUACUGAACCUUUCAACGGCCUACAGAAAAAUUCCAAGUGAAUAAAGAAGCUAAACAACAAAAAUAUGUCUGCAGAGCAUUUGCUGUUAACCGUUGACGAUGUCGAUGAUCAUAACCAUGAUGGUGGUGUGAUGAAAUUCCAGAUUCGUGAUUUGAGGAAGGUAUCGGAUGCGGGCGUUCCUAUACUAAACGGUAUCAACGUCGGUAUCCCUAAAGGGAAGAUCGUCGGGAUCAUCGGACCAAGCGGGAGUGGGAAAUCGACGCUGCUUAGAGCUCUUAAUCGCCUGUGGGAGCCUCCAUCCGAUACGGUGUUCCUUGACGGCCGCGAUAUUGUUGACCUUGAUGUGCUUGGACUUCGCCGUAAAGUCGGCAUGCUUUUCCAGCUCCCCGUUUUGUUUCAAGGCACUGUUGCAGAUAAUAUUCGAUAUGGACCAAACUUGAGAGGAAAGAAGUUAACUGAUGUUGAAGUUUCCAAGUUGCUAACACUGGCUGACCUUGAUUCCUCCUUUCUCAGUAAAACUGGUGGUGAAUUAUCUGUUGGUCAAGCUCAAAGAGUUGCACUUGCUCGGACACUUGCUAACGAACCUGAGGUUUUGCUGCUGGAUGAGCCAACAAGUGCCUUGGAUCCGAUUUCGACACAAAACAUAGAGGAUGUGAUAGUGAAGCUUAAGAAGAAAAGGAGAAUGACAGUUGUAAUGGUUUCACACAGCAUCAAGCAAAUCCAAAGGGUUGCAGAUGUUGUUUGCCUUCUUGUGAAUGGUGAAAUUGUUGAGAUUUUGAAGCCUAAUGAACUCUCUGAAGCCAAGCAUCCCAUGGCACAAAGGUUUCUUCAGCUAAGUUCGUAAUUUACUUUUCUAUAAUAGUUGUUAUAUUUCCCUUUUCUUUGUGCUUAGGAUUUUAUGUUAAUUUGGUUUAAACAAUGUUCAGCAUUGCAAGUUUAUUUGUUGUAUCUUGAUGCUCACCUUGAGCUCGGCAUGUCCACUCACCAGGCAGAUAGCUUGCUUGGAAAGGUUUUCUGUUUUCUAA